ACCAUCUGGAACCCAUCACGAGUGAAGUCCUGGUGUUCUUGGCGCAGCUCCUAGACAAUCUGCCUCUAAACAUCCUUUCGCGUUGUGACGAGCGGCCCACACCGGCAGUGCUCACUCGUAUGUUGGUACCAUAUCUGUUGUGGUCCACGUGUAUGAAGUUCAACGGCGGCAACUCCUCGGGCCACUAUUUGGUCAUUGACGUGCCCAAUCUCACCUUGUGGGAUCCGAUUGUUCGAAGGGUGGAGAUACGAGAAGAAGAAAAUGAAGAAGAGGUGAAGGAAGAGAGAGAAGAGGCGAGCCAAGAAGAAGAAGAAGAAAACUCGGAGGUGGAAUCCGACAACCCUGAUUAUAACGAGUCGGAGGAGAGUGGGUUAGACGAAUCAGACAACCCCAGCGAACAGGACAAGGAAGAGGACGAGGCUGCAGCGCAGAAGAGGCGAAAGAGGGCGGAGGGAAAGCGGGCGGUGGAAGAAUCGGAUGGACCAGCAGCGCGGCUACCACAAGGCGAUCCCGCGCGCAAUCCAGAGUCGCCGCAGGAGGAGCUCAGAGGACAUGGCGUCACCACCGCGGAGGGAUCCAUAAACUGAUGCCGUAGAAGAAAUUCUUUGCCGACUCAAUCCUCUCUACCACCACGGCCCACCGUUC